AUGUCACUGAUUACUUGCUUACAUGCAGAACGUAAUAUUGCAGAAUUAAUCAAAUUGGCGUCACUAGAUCAGCAGUUAUCGAAUCGUGUGCGCCAUCCAGCGCUACGUAAAUCGACAGCGAUAAACGAUGAGAUUUUGGACGAAGAAAAUUCAGAUCCAGAUCAAGGAACAUGGGAUAGUAAUAACAUUGCAGCAAUAUCAAGUUUAAUGCGACGAGCACAAAGUAAUCUACCAACAGCAACAAUUCAUUGCACGAAGAGUGAACCAUUAACCAGUGAAGAUAUCGGUAUAAUUCCAGCGAUACGAAGUAUUAUAGGUACACAUGCACAUUCAGUUCCACCGACACGUACUUCACGCCUUCUCGAUAUCGCCGCUAUGGGUUCUGUGAGGAGUUGUGAUAUUCCUUUUCCAGAAGAUGCUGGCAGUGUUUCGUUUUUUGAUUCUCAUGCUUCAAAUAGACAUCAGCAAAUUGGCGCUGAUUCUUCUAUAGGUUCAUCAAGUACCAUUCGGGAUACAGGUACAACGUUGCCUUUAAAUAGCGUCUUAGUUCCACCAAAGUCAGUUAUACAAGAUGAUAUUCGAAUGAAACUCGGUCGAUUCGAAUUGGUCAAAAAGAAGGGUCGAUCAGAGGUUUGGAAUCUUUUUGGUCAGGUUUUGGAUACAAAAACGGGUGCCCGAUUACCAUAUGUUGCGUGUUAUGCUUGCAAAGUCCUUUAUACCGAUACUGGUGGUGGAACUGGCAAUAUGACUCGGCACAGAUGUCCAAUGGGGACCAGUUAUAAGGAUAAUAGUGCAUGCUUAUCUAUGGAUGGCAGUAGCGCUGACAUAUCUCAACAACAAUCAUCUUUCGAUGCGACGAAUUCGGUUAAUGGACAAAUGUCACCAGAUACUGCAUCAUUUUACCAAAGAGAAUCACCAGUUCCUUCGCAACCACAUAAUACUUUAAUAGGUCAAUCAUCCUUCGAUCAGUCAUUUUCUUUUUCAGAAAAUGAUCGACGUGCAUUCAGUCAUGCAGCUGUUCGUUGCUGUGCUAUGGAUCUCCUUUCACCUAAUGUUUUCCAGGGUGAAGGAAUACGAUCAUUGAUUGAAACAACGCUGGCGAUUGGCCGUCGAUAUCGUUCUUCAGAAAGACAACUAGUUUCAACCUUGAUUCCUGAUACAUUAACUUUGCAACAGAUGAUCGACACUGGCACAAAUUUAGCUUUAAAUGAAGUUAAAACAGAGAUCACUAAUCAGCUUCAAGGAGCGGGUAUUUCAUUUUCUAUCGAGCAGAUUUCUGGCCUUAAUGAACUCAUUGUUAUCUCGGCGAAUUAUAUUUCUGCUGACUGGAAACUUACGAGAAGAAUUAUUAGGUUGUUAUUCAUAAAUCUUCUUCCUGCUAUAGAAAAAAUAAUUUUGGGAUAUGCAACAGGAAUAUCUCGAUUAUUCGUUGUUUCUGCGGAAGAAUUACCUUUCACCGAAGCAUAUCAGACAGCACCGUGUAUUUGUUCAAAACUGAAUGAAAUAAUUAAAUGUAUAUUGGAAGAAGUUUUUGAUUCUGACCAAAAUGUACUAGAAGCAAUAUCAAUUUGUCGUGAUAUCGCAGAAAGCUUGGAAAAAAUGGGAAUGGAGCGAUGGUUGAAUGGAGUGGAUGAAAAAAUUGGUGGCAGUUUUGAUUAUCUUUUUUAUGUAUAUAAUUUGUUAAAAAAUGUUCAGCGUUGUGUUCACGAUUCCGCAUUAUCACAAUGUCCACAAGAUUUGAUUUCAUUAAUAGAACGUGCGGACUGGCAUUUUAUUAAUGAUCUCAAGAGAUUUUUGGAACCUUUCCAUGUCAUGGCUUCAAUAUUCAGUGCAAAUUCUGUCUGCAAUUUCCAUAUGGUUUUGCCUGAAUGGUUUGCAUUGAUUCAUGAAUUUUCAUCUGAUGGAGAAAUCGUCACGAAUGAUGAAACAUCAAAAUGGUUUUCUAAAAUGCGUAAUAUUGCCGAAAAGCGCCUUUGCUCUGAAACAGAUAAUAUUAUAAGAACGGAACAUCGAAUUGCCACUGUUCUUAAUCCAAGGCUAAAACAUUUGCCAAUUAUAUGUACCGAUCUUCAAAGGUUUUUUAUUUUCUUUUUUGUUUUCUAUAUUGAUUCCUGGCUUGAGACAUAUGCAAAGAUAAGGUCAUUAAUUGGUCUAUCUGAUUCAAAAAAUUCAAAAAAAUGUGAUGAUUAUUUUUCUUCAGAAUCAGUUGAUAUUGAACCGCAGCGAAAACGAAUAUGUUUUCUUUCUUCACUGGAAGAUCGAGCAAUGAUUGAUGACGAACUUGAGUGUUACCUUCGUUCACAGUUUCCUGCUGUACAAACCAAAAAUGUUUUACAAUUUUGGUCAACAGUCGGAGUGUCGCAGUUUCCGAACUUGUCUCAACUAGCCCGUUAUCUUUUCUCAAUUCCAGCUGCCUGCUGCAAGCAUAAAAAUCAGAUUUUACCUGGUUUUAUAUCCGAUUCAUUAUCGAAUCUUCUUAUAUUACGAUCGUUUUAUGACAGUUCUUCUCAAGAUUCAUUAGCUUCUCAGCCUACCAACAGGCAAAAAUGGAAGACAGAACUUUAA